CCGGGCCGGGACCACCCAGGGAGGCGCAGCGCCUGCCUUGCUACUGGCUCCAUCCACCCAAGUUCAAAGGUUCAGGAGAGACCUUUCCCACAUUGCGGCCGGUUGGUUGGUUCCUCGCUGGGCUCUCCCCCCUUUCCCUCCUCGUCCCCAAAGAGUGGGAGGGGAGUGUGUUUGUACGCAGAAACACAUCCACGGGGGAAUAUUCGUGGAGAUGGGCUGAAGGGGGAAAUACCUAUUGGCACGUGUGGAGAGCGGGAGAGGAGGAGGAGGAGGAGAAGGGGAAAGGAGGGAGGCUGGAAGCCAGCGCAGGGACAGAAAGAAAGAAAGAAGGAAGGAAAGAAGGAAGGAAGGAAGGAAGGAAGGAAGGAAGGAAGGAAGGAAGGAAGGAAGAAGGAAGAGACCAGACCAUCAACACCACUUCGCUUCCCUCUUCGCAGGAGGCCACAACAGACCGGGAAGAUGUUUGACAACACUCAGUAUCCUUACAACUGCUUCAAUUACGACGGAGACGACUACCCGGCGUGCAGCUCCGACGAAGAGAAGCGCUUCACCCGACCGGCGUAUAGCUACAUUGCUUUGAUCGCGAUGGCCAUCCAGCAGAGUCCGUCCAACAAAGUCACCCUGUCUGGGAUCUACGACUUCAUCAUGAAAAAGUUCCCCUACUACAGGACAAACCAGCGGGCCUGGCAGAACUCCAUUCGGCACAACCUCUCUCUCAACAGCUGCUUUGUCAAGGUCCCACGGACAGAAGGGAAUGACAAGGGCAAAGGAAACUACUGGAGCUUUGCGUCAGGAUGCGAAUCCAUGCUCGAUCUUUUUGAAAAUGGGAAUUACCGGAGGCGGAGGAGGCGGAGGAAUGUCAAAAGAGAACCCCGAGAGAAGAGGCCGAGUAACGACAUGGGUUGCUUUCCCGUGUUAUCCCCCAUGGAUUCUGCCUUCCCGGAUAUCUCCUGUCCGGGAGAGAACACGGAGUCUCCGCUGAAGCCUUUGGAGUCUCACGAGUUCUUCCCAAACACCAUCACUGACCAGGAGACUCUCCACAGCGCUUCCGUAGGGAAAACUGACUCUGAAAUCAAAUUUAGCAUUGAUUACAUUCUCUCUUCUCCGGAUCCUCUGCCCGUCCUAAGGUCUCCUUAUCACACGCAAGACCGUAAGAACCACCUCUUGGAUUCUCAACAACUGAACGUCCAGAUUUGGACAAUGUGAAGCCUGGGCCUGACCGAGACUGAGCUCAGAAACUUUGCAAACCAACAGCCAGUUUGGGUGUGUCGAAGACUGAGGAUCAUGCUCCUUUCUUCAUCCAAUUACAUUGAUUUUGGAUUUGUUCAAGGCUUGAGGAACAUCCAUUGGUCAGGAUGAAGAAGCUGCUCCACCUUGCGUCCUUGAGGUUCCGUCUAUGACCAUUGCUCGUACCCAAUCGACUCUACAAAAAUGACCGCAUGUUGAUGUCUUCAAAUGCAUGCCUCUCUCUUGACAUGUAGACGUGAAUAUCUAGAUUUAUAUCCACUUCUGUGACUUAUCCGUUCAUAAGCAAUUCCCUGCUACUCUGUACUUAUCAGGGAACACCUGUACUAUUUUUAAUGUGUAGUAAGUUGGUACCGUAUACUAUAUAUACAGGAAAGAAGAGCAACUGCUACUGGACAUAUUACAUACUCUACUGCUAUGUUGUAUUUACUUACAGUGUUUGGUUGGCUGCCCUUGACCAAAGGAAAAAAUGGGUCUACCGAGAGCAUGUUUGAGCUUAGAGUUCAUUCAACAGGGAUAUUCCCAAAUUGGAAGAUUAAAACAAAAUUGAUGAGCACAUCA